CUCAAGGUAGUUUCCCUCUUCGUUUUCCCGGUAGUCUGUUACACGUAUGUGUCAGAUAGCCUAUCAUAGAGUAGUGAUCACUGGUUGAGAUAUGAACCCGGAAUAGUGUUUCCGAAAACUAAAACCCGACGAAUUCUUCAAUCCUCCGUCGAGUCUCAAUCCAUUUAUAGAGUGUGGAUUCCCCACGUUCAUUAUCACUCAGCAUUCACGUUCACGAUUUUACUUAUUUGCAGCACCACAGAAUGGUCUAGAAGUAAUAUGGAGGAACCGGUGAAAUUAUCAGUUGAUGUUUUCUUACUUUAUUUCUUCCUAACCUUAAUGAUAUAGAACUCGUUGCAGUAGAUAGCAACUAUUUAACUGACUUUUAAUGGGGUGCCUAUUUGAUGAAUGUGUUUUAAAGUUAGGUAUCAUCACAUCUGAAUAUGUAUAAAUAUAAUUUUUUUUUGUCAUUCUUUUUUUUGGAGUUCUAUGACGAACGACGAUGAACACGAAGUUAUAAAUGUUUGGGAGGAUUCUGAUAACGGAAAUACGCUAGAAUCAAGGAAUGCUCGUGAAAACCACAAGGCGAUACUGCACAUUGAUUUAGAAAAUGAAGAGAAGGCGCAAAUAAUUUGUAGAACUUUAGCAGUCGACAAAGAACCACUGAGGAGUACAGCCAAACGAACAUACACUGUGCGAGGACAUCAUUUGGUCAUCGAGAUCGUGAGUUUGGAUGCGAAAUACCUUCAGAAGUCGAUCGAUAAUUUGUUCAACAUGUGUUAUCUAGCUAAGCAAACAAUCGAAGAAAUUACAAGAUAUCACUUGAAAGUGUCCAGUAAUAUUACUGAUGCGACCUGUGGUAAGAGUGGGAAAAGCAGAGAUUAAUGAUCUAUCGUAAUGUUCAUACAUUCUGAAAAUGGAUGCACAAUUGUUUGAACUUCAAUUGUUCCACAGUAUUCCUUUGAUAUUGUUAGAUCUUUGCGCAGCAGAGCGCUGUUUUUGUACCAGUGUUGCACAGUGAUCAAAUCCACCCUGUAUACCACUUGAAUUUCAAAAUGAAGUUAUUAAUCUUGGUUGUACGGAUCUUACGUUGUUAUUGUUGUGCGAUAUUGUAAAUGCUCCUUAAUAAUAAUAAUAAACAG